AUGUCAGGUGGACUGGACAAUUAUGUAAAAAAUGUCAUUGCCUUUACAAGUGCCGAGAGUUAUCGAGAGUUAGUUGAACUGAACAGAAAAGCACUGACCGAUGUAUUGGAAAAAAGCGGUGUGCCUUUAACGCAAAUUUUAGAGAUGCUUAAUGUGGAAGAGCACUCCCUCUCUUUUGUCACUAUCCUUUUGGCGAAAUUGAAUCAGGCUUGUUCUGCAGCUAAUUCAGAAGAAAUCGAAGAAACGUUAUCACAAAUAGAAAUGUUCUUACCAUUCUUUAAUAGGACGCAAAUUAUUCUUGCUCCGGAUAUUUGUAAAGUUUUCUCUCUGUUUCUUUCUAACCACAUUAAAAAUGUCAUUUUACUUCUCUGUUUCAAUCUUGGUAUUCGGUUUUCAGAUAUUAAUUUCAAUGAGCACAUUUCGCGGGGAAUUCUUUUAUUGAGUGGCGCGAUAAAUGCAAUAAUUGGUGAGCCGGGAGAGUUGACUUCAUUACAUUCUUGCUUAUUUUGUUUAUGCUUGAAGUCGAAACUGUUUGAACCAGCUUUACGUUUUUUGGAAACUCCGGUUUCGAGAAUAAUGAAAGAAACUCCCGGAGACAAAGUUGAUAGGGGAUAUAUGGAUUCACGUUUUGUUUUACUGUACUUUUAUUACGGGGGUCUGAUUUAUGGCGCACUUGGACGCUUAGAUGACAGUUUACUCAUGAUGCAAAAUGUUCUUUGCAUACCAGCUUUACUAACCAGUGCGAUAAUGAUAGAAGCUUAUAAGAAAUACCUUUUAAUGUCUUUAAUAUCACAUGGGAAGGUGAAGGCAUUACCAGGUUAUCGAGCUAUGGUGGUACAAAAAUUGCAGCGGUUUUGCUUUGAAUAUCAGUUUUUUGAAAAUAUUUGUACGAUGGAUAGUUCAGACAAAGACCUGGCCCAGGAGAUUAUGAACCAUUUGCAAGCUCAUCACGCUGUUUUUUUCAAGGACAACAAUGUUGGUCUAAUAAAAAGGUUAGCAAGGAAAAUGCGAGAAGCAUCAAUAAUAAAACUCUCCAAGACAUUUCUCAGCGUUUCAUUGGGCGACUUAGCUCGUAGGUGUCAUUUGCAUGACUGGGGUAAUGCUGAAAGGUAUCUCAUGGAAAUGAAUGCCGAAAACAAAAUUUGUGUGACUCUUGAUAAGGAGCAUGGCCUUGUUUAUUUUGAUGAACCCAAGACUGUCGUAGAUGAAGAGACUUUGAACAGUGUUAUAAAAGCUGGCAUGAACCUAACUUCUUUACUAAAGACGUAUGAUACACGUUUACGCACAAAUUAUAUGUAUAUUGCUCGGUCUACUAAGGUCUCUGCUUUAUGCGCUCAUGAUGACGAAGGUUUUCAGCAGGGUACUUCAGGUGCGAACGUUUUACCAAUGAUGGGUAUUAUUCCUAAUGCUGUAGUUCCUUCAUUUGAAUUGAAUAUGCCGUCCUAA